AGGGGUUAGGUGCUGAACACUAGCAGACACAAUCAAGCACACAUAUGCGAGAGCAAGACGAUUGUGUGUUACACUAUUAUAUUAGUGCAAUGGCAAGGUUUGAGACUCAGCUCCAAGAGAGACUUGGUGUCCCAGAUUCGAUUUGGCUCGGAUUUGUCCAAGUUGACCUGAACAAACCUGAAAUAGGCCGUGGUUCUGAUGCCACUGUGUAUACAAGUGAGUUGGAGGGUCUCCCUGUUGCUGUGAAGGUCUUACAUAGUAUUUUACACCAGCAGGGCAAUGAAGGGCGUGCAGCUCUUCUGCAGCGAUUCGGCACUGAGUGCCUAGUCAUGCGCCGACUGCAACAUGAAAGAAUUGUGCGACUCCUCGGGGUCGGCAUUGCUCCCAAUCAAUCUCCGUGUAUAGUGGUAGAACUGAUGGCCGGCUCGCUAGGUGAUCGAAUUGGAGUUGAGCCAAGAGAGCCAUUCGCUCAAAGCCUUCAGUAUCUAGUCGACGUGGCAGAAGGCUUGCGCUUGCUACACGGCAAGAACAUUUUGCACCGCGAUUUGAAACCACAUAACAUCUUGAUCACGGCAGGGAGAGCCAAGAUAGCUGAUGUUGGUUUGGCCCGCACUCUUCACGGUAGUCAAGGUGCGGACGGCACGGCUUUGACGCGGUGCCCCGGUACGCCUUAUUUUAUGCCUCCAGAGAGCCUACAAGUAGGAACAGCAUACGACGAGAAACUGGAUGUGUUUUCUCUAGGAGUGGUGAUGCUGUCGCUGCUUGUGGGACGACCACCAUCCCCAACUGAAGCUACUGUUCUGCUGGAAAAUGGAACGUGGAGAUCAGUUCCGGAGGGUCGGCGACGCAAGGCAGACCUGGAUCGACUGGGCUCGGAUCAUCCACUACAUUCUCUAAUCUUGUCGUGUCUGCAUGAUAAUCCUGGAUCUAGACCCACAUCGGCUGAUGUUCACAUGCACUUACUGCAGAUCUCACCUCGUGCUAAGCCUAAGUCCGCAGAUGGCUAUUUGAGUCAGUUUGCAGACAUUCUGGCUCAACUGAAAACGAUGUCCACACAACAGCAGGCAAUCAUCACCCGACUGACAGCUGUGGAAGAGAAAGUGAACGGCAUGGAUGAAUUGAGGGAGAGAGUUUCUACCAUCGACACUUACCUCAGUGCCCACUCAUCAACUCUCACUUCACUCAACUCCACCGUGGAUUCACACUUAGUCAUAGUGGACUCACACUUUGCGUCAGUGGAUUCACGCACAGCUGCAGUGGAAUCCACACCUUCGUCUAGAUCCAGUACUAUGCCUACUCAACGUCCGACUGCGACUACCUCACACAGCCGUGACUCUAUUCCCCAGUCCACUCCAUCACAAAGCAGUACAUCUUCUACAACACCGCUGAUGAUGUCAUCCAGCGCUUCCUCAGCUCAAACACAUGUUAGAUUGUCCAGACAAGGGUCAGCCUCAGAUCAGUCUACCUUGCCCAGAAACACGUUGUCAGCAUCACCAUCAGCAGCAUCAUCAGCAGCAGCAGCAGUAAUAGCUGCAUCUCCACCACAGAAGCGUGAUUACACACAGAUCCACAAAUCAAGUUACUCAUUUGGUAGUGAGGGCAGUGGGAGAGAUCAGUUUAACAACCCUUGGGGACUAGCAACCAACAAAGCUGGUGACCUGAUCAUCUGUGACAGCAACAACCACAGAAUAAAGGUACAUGGUGUUGAUGGCCAGUUCAAGCAGACGACUGGUCGGACGGGUCGGAAGGGUACAAAUUGUGGAGAGUUCAACUACCCAGCAGCUGUGCACGUAACAGAUGAUGAACGAGUGAUCAUUGCUGAGGCUCUCAACAACCGACUGCAGAUCACUGACAAGGACUUCUCAGAGUUCAGCACCAUAGGAAGGCGUGGAUCAGGAAUUGGCGAGUUCAGUUUCCCGGUUGGUGUUGUCCAAGUGAACCACAGCGUACUGGGCCAGUGCUUUGCAGUGGCAGAUUUCAAAACCCAUCGGGUUCAGAUUGUGCCAUGCAGUGGUGAGACAGGAUAUGCAUUUGGAAAGUUAGGUGGUGAUCAAGGCCAAUUUCGAUAUCCAAGAGGCAUCACAUUGCACCUCAACAGGCUGUUUAUUGCUGACCAGGACAACCAUCGCAUCCAGGUGAUGACCAUCGAUGGAGAGUAUAUCACGUCGUUCGGGUCAAAGGGCAGCGGCUUUGGUCAGCUGCAGAGACCGAAACAUGUCACUACAGAUGCCUACGGCAAUGUACUAGUCGCAGAUUGUAACAAUGGACGUGUUAUGGUAUAUGCAGCAGAAACAUACACACCACUGGCUGAGUUUGGAAAAGGAGAGUUGAACCAGCCGAUGGGUGUCUGCGUGACAAGUGAGGGUUUAGUUGCUGUUUCCAAUUGGAGUAAUCACAAGAUUGUCGUGUUUUGAAGGUUUCUUUUUAGACACCUGUCAUCAGUCACCUGCUCACACUUUUGUAUGCAUCAUAACAUAAAUGGCCAUAGCGUGACAUAAACUGCUCUUGUAUCCCAUUCUACUCCUAUACCCCCCCUCCCCCCUCCCCAACACACACACACACACACAACACACACACACGCACACACACGCACGCACACACACACAUGCACACACACACACACACACACACACACACACACACACACACACACACUCACA